AUGCAAUUUUGGAAGUUUUCUUCGCAAGUUCUUGCUACUGUGCUUGCUACUGUGUCUGUUGUCGCUGCUAGUGGCCCUUCUGAUGGUGAUGCUAUUGCCGACCCAAACUCUGCUGUUGUCAAGUUGACCGCUAAGGAAUUCAAAAGCUUCCUUGACGAGAAUCCAUUGGUCUUGACUGAAUUCUUUGCUCCAUGGUGUGGUUACUGUAAACAGUUGGGACCAGAACUCUCCAAGGCUGCUGACAUUUUGAACGAGACCCACCCAAAGAUCAAGGUGGCACAAGUCGACUGUACGGAAGAAGAGACAUUGUGUCAACAACACCAGAUCAGAGGAUACCCUACCUUGAAGGUUAUGAGAGGUGCUUACAACCAGCCAUCUGACUACAAUGGCCCUCGUUCUGCAGAUGGAAUCGUGGAAUACAUGAUCCAGCAAUCUCUUCCUCCUGUUCAGCAGGUUUCUGAUGUGGAGGAGAUUGUCAAACUCUCUAAAUCUGAAACUAAGCCAUUCAUGAUUCAAGUUUUCCCAUCUGCUGUCCACAAAUCUGCUGUUGCUCAAAAUGAAACUUUCAACGACUUGGCCUCCUCUCAAAGAAGUGAAAUGACAUUUGUCUCCGUUGAAACUGAUGCUGAAAUCAAGAAGCUUAACAAGUUGCUCGACGCCGAUAUCUCCACCAAAUCCGCUUCUUACUUGAUUGUGCACCCUAAUGAGUUAAGCGAUGCCAGAGUCUUCUCCGGUGAGUUUUCCAAGGAGAAUAUUGAUGACUGGGUCAAAAAUGCCAAGGUUCCCUACUUUGGUGACAUCAACAGAGACACUUACUUGGUUUACAUGGCUUCCACCUUGCCAUUGGGUUACUACUUUUACAAUGAUGAGGCACAAAGAAAGGAAGUUGAUGAGUUCUUCUCCAAACUUGGCAAGAAAUACUCUGGCAAAAUGAACUUUGUCGGUUUGGAUGCUUCUCAAUUUGGCCGUCACGCUGAGAUCUUGAACAUGGACCCUGAGAUCGUUCCAUUGUUUGCUGUGCAAAACAACAGUAACGGUAAGAAGUAUGGUAUCAACCAAACUGAAUACCCAAGCGGCCCAUCAACUGAAGUUAUCUCUGACUUCGUUGAAAAGUUUUUGGCCGGUGAAGUUGAGCCUAUAGUUAAGUCCGAACCAUUGCCAACUGAGGAAGAGGUCAAUGCGCAAGCCGUCGUUAAGUUGGUUGCCCACAACUACAUGGACGUUCUUAAUGACACUUCUAAAGACGUUUUCAUCAAAUACUAUGCCCCAUGGUGUGGCCACUGUAAGAAGUUGGCUCCUAUCUGGGAAGAAUUGGCUGAAAUUUAUGGCUCGAAAGACGAGGACUCCAAGGUGGUUAUCGCUAAUGUUGACCACACUCUUAACGAUGUUGACACGCCAAUCAUGAUUGAAGGAUACCCAACUCUCAUUUUUUACCCAGCCAACGGUAAGGUCAAUGAGGCCACUGGUUUGAGAGAACAUGUUAUCUUUGAAAAUGCCAGAGAUUUGGAGACUUUGAUGGAAUUCAUCAAGAAGCAUGGUGUCAACGAUGUUGAUGGCGAAAAGUUGAAGGCUGCUAGAGAAGCCGCUCUUCAAGAAGCUGAAGAUGCUGAGGAAGAUGUUGAAGAAGAGGAAUCUGCUGCUGACCACGACGAGUUGUAA